UUGCUUUGAAAAGUGACUUCCGUUUCGAUUGUCCACCCGCCAAGUGGUUCUAGAUGUUCUGUAAGGCGGUUAAAGUUGUAUUCCGACCCGAUGUUUUUGGACCCUUAUUGCGUCAAAUCGUGCGUAAAUACAACUUUCACACAAAAUUACCAUACCGCAAUUUACCUGUCAUGGGAGUCACGGUAUCUUCUAACAGAGAGAGGAAGGUUUUUUUAAGUAGAAAAAGUGUCCCUCAGCCAUCAUUUGCCAGUUUUUCCACAACAGGGACACUGACCACAGAUACAGGAGAAGGAACAUCUGUAGAAAGCUCCACCAUGAUUGAAGUCAAUGUUGGCCAAUAUGAUGACUGUCUGCAAGAUGGAACUAUGAGAACAAUUGACAUUGGAGAAGGUAAAGCACUGCUGGUACGUGAGAAUGGGGAGUAUUCUGCAGUUGGCCACAAGUGUACUCACUAUGGGGCUCCUUUAUCCACUGGUCAUCUCUCUACUGGACGAGUACGCUGUCCCUGGCAUGGAGCCUGCUUUAAUGUCAAGACUGGUGAUAUUGAAGACUUUCCUGGGCUGGACAGUUUACCCAAAUUUGAGGUGGUCAUCAAGAAUGGUAAUGUUAUUGUUAGGGCACAUCCAGAGCAAUUUACAUCUCAUAAAAGAGUCAAGACAAUGGUUAAAGAAGACACAAGUUGUGACAAACGAGUAUUUGUUAUCAUUGGGGGAGGUGGAGCAGCCAUGAAAGCUGCCGAGACAUUGAGAGAAGAGGGAUUCAGAGGGCGUGUUAUCAUGAUUACAAAAGAGGCUCACUUGCCCUAUGAUAGACCAAUUUUAAGUAAGAAAUUAGCUGCCACGGCUGAUUCUUUAAAGUUACGUUCAAUGGAAUUUCUCAAGGAUCAUGACAUUGAGCUCAUGACAAAAACUGAGGCCACUGCAUUGGACAAUAACCAAAAAACUGUCACUUUGAGUAAUGGCACAGUUCUUAACUAUGAUAGUGUAUUGAUUGCUACUGGAGGAAAACCGAGAAGUUUAAGUAUACCUGGAAGUGAUCUGGAGAACAUCUUCUUACUGAGGAGUCCUGAAGAUGCUAACCAGAUUGCCUCCUUCGUCCCUGGAAAGAACGUGGUCAUCAUUGGGACUUCGUUUAUAGGUAUGGAACUGGCGUCGAACUUUGCAGACAAAGCUGCGUCUGUGACAUGUGUUGGAAGAAGCAGUAUUCCUUUUGCGAACGUGCUGGGCGAGAAGAUUGGCGCCAUGCUGAAAAAGACUCAUGAAAGCAAAGGAGUAAAAUUCAUCACCGAUGCUGCUGCGAGUAGUUUCAAAGGCGACAGCGGAAAAUUAACAGCUGUGUGUUUUAACAAUGGAACAGAAGUUCCUGCUGAUGUCUGUAUCCAGGGAGUAGGUGUAUCACCAUCCACAGACUUCUUAAAAAACAGUAGCGUGCCUCAGACCAGCCGCGGAGAUGUAAUUGUUGAUAAGUACAUGAAGGCUUGUGAAGGAGUUUUUGCCGCUGGAGAUAUCGCUCAUUUCCCUCUGAAGAUGUUAGAUUGGGAAAGGGUGACUAUUGGUCAUUGGCAGAUUUCGCACAAGCAUGGACUGACUGCUGCGCGUAAUAUGCUUGGAGGAAACGAAGAGAUCGACACAAUACCAUUCUUCUGGACUUCUCAGUAUGGUAAAAGCAUCAGAUACUGUGGUCACGCCCAUUCAUUUGAUGACGUGCUUAUUGACGGUAGCGUUGAUGAACAAAAAUUCACCGCCUACUUUGCCAAAGGGGAUAAAAUUCUUGCUGUAGCAACCAUGGGACCUGGGAAUGCCGCCGCAAAGGCAGCCGACGAAAUGUUUGAGGGGAAAAUGCGUUCUGCAUCAGAGAUCAGGGCUGGUCUUUAAAGACACGAAGACGUCCGCGCAAUGUCAGAGACAAAAGUUGAAGUUGACUAGCAAAUAUCACUCGACGAUUUUGAAAACAAUAACUUUUAGCUACAUAAAAAAAAUAAUGCACUCCUCUCUUAGUGAUUUGGUUUUUUUAAAUUACUUGUAAAAUCAUGCGACCUUCUAUGUACAUACUACUACGGACAGGUGAUAGCUGUAAUCGUAUUUUCUAUUUGGGAUUAUAAAAUGUUAAGAGAAAUGCGCGCGCUGUGAUUGGUCAGAACGAGUUCAUUAUAUUUCCAUAAUGAACGCAGCCUACGUCAUCGGUACGAGCGCGCGCAAUUCACGAUACAUUUCAUGACAGGAAAAAAAACCUUGUUCCUCGAGCAUUGUUGAGUUACAUAAGCACGCGGGAAUUUUUAAGAACAGGAGAGAAGUGCGAAGAAGCACUCGCCUUCGGCUCAUGCUUCUAGCACGUCUCGAGUGUUCUUAAAAAUUCCCAAGUGCUUAUAUAACUCAACAAUGCAUUUGGCGCGUUUUUUAUUCCUUUCGUAAAAAAUUGUAUGCUUAGCUAUUUUAUUCAGUAGAUUCUCGAUGUAGAUCCUUUCACAACCUACUAUUCUAUCAUAUAGAGCGGACAAGUUUAGAAUAUAACAUAUUUAACAAAGCAAUAUUUUAUAAAGUACAAAGACUUUGUUUUGAACGAGUACCUCUACUUUAUUUUAGGAUGAACGUGACCUACGCUGGAGUAAAAUUUAUCUUAGACAACCAAAAUACUCAUUCGCAAUAAAAAGAUGGAAUUCUAAUUUAAUCCUGCUACUUAAAUUGAUAUUUAGUUAAUUAACGGCAUAUUCCUAAUAUGGAAUUCUUUGUUACAAAAGAACUGGAACUUCCUGAAGCUUUGUGUUUCAUCUUGCUGGGUUUGCAUAUGUUAUAUUCUGGUAUGAGCUACCGCUCUAAAAAUUUUAAGGAGGGAGUUUCUCUCGUCGUCGACAGUUUGCCACUUUGUCGCAGUUCCAAGCGAGUUAACUCCAGUGUACGCUUGGAGCUUUGCACGGUGUUUUAUUGCACGUUUCCUCGCUUGUAUUACAGAUACAUGUGG